AUGCAGAGACCUGAGCACGCGGCCGUCGGUGCAAUAUUGUCGUCUACGAUUGCCCACGCGUACGUCACGACAGCAAGUGGCUUCAGCCAUCACCAUGCGGGGUCCAACGUGAUAAGCGUCGAUGGAGUGGGAAGUCCGAAGUGGAGAAAAUGGCAGGCACGAUUGGCCAAAGACGAGAAUUUUGUUCGCCGAAUGUCACAGGAAAUCGGAUUGGUCGAAAGGAACAAGCAUGCAGCAGCAGAACGAGAGCAUGCUUUGGUAGACAAAGAAGUUGUCCAGUGGCGAGAGGAAAUCGAGCGAGUUACGACAAAGAUCUCCAAGCUGCUUGCACCGACAAUGGAACAGCUCCAGGUCGAGGCGGAUAUUCUGCGAGCCGCAGAAACAGUUGGUUUGGGUAAAUGA